AUGGCUUUCUACCAUUCAGUCAAGUCAUUCUAUUCAGUUCAUGAUGCAGUAAAUUAUGCAGAAGAAAAUGACUCUCCUAGUGAUGAAAACUUUAUUGAUAUUGUUGAAAUUCCUCCACCAGUAAAUGAACUAACUGAUGAAGAAGACUUUGAUGAUGAGAUUUUAGAUGGUGAGAACAGAGAUCCGACCUUUAUCUUGCAGGAUGUGCCAGGAAGUGUUGAGCUUCAUCGGUAUGAUAAUGAAGAAGAACCAACACAACCAAAAGGAAAAAGAAAGAAAAGCUCAGAUUUUUCUUGGAAAAAGACUGAGCCUAAUUUUUCAAAAUUUGCAUCACCAACUACUGAUGGAGCAGAUGAUAGAAUGAAAUCAAUGAAAGAUAAAGUACUUGGCAAGAGCCCAGUUGAGAUUUUUGAACUUUUCCUUGACGAGGAUUUACUAAGUGAAAUUUGCAGAGAAUCUGUCACUUAUUCCACACAGAAAAAUGUACAUGAUUUUAGUCUGUCAACAAACUGUCUGAGAAAUUUCAUUGGAAUCCUACUUUUUUCAGGAUACCUCAGACUACCAAGUGAAGGGCAUUAUUGGAGUGUGUCUGAAGACCUUGAAACUCCGAUUAUUCGAACAACAAUGCCAAGAAACAGAUUUCUAAGCAUCAAAAGGUUUUUUCAUUUUGUUGACAAUGAAAAUGCAGAAAACUACAAAGAUGAUAAAGGAUUCAAAAUUAGACCUCUAGCUGAUGCUCUGAAUCAGAAGUUCAAGCAGUUUGGAAUAUUCUCUAAGAGACUGUCAAUAGAUGAACAGAUAAAGUCCUACGGCGACAGACGUGUGGAGACGGGGAUAGGCAGAAAGGACAGCCAAGAGACCUUAAUAACAACUCUGCACAUGGGCGGCACAGAUAAGGUAGUCUAUGCAUUAGGAUCUAGGCAUCAGUGCAAUCCAGCCCUGUCUCUGCGACUGAGUAGCCCGUUUCAGGGACCACUCUGCUUACCCCACAUGGGAAAGAGGCUAGAAAUGGUGUCCUAA